UCUCACUACAUAUUGUUUGUUUCGCAAAUUUCUGUCGCCUGAGACAGUGAAAUUGAAGUCGGUGAAUAUAGAAAGAAAGAACAAAGUGGUGAGUACGUAUGGAUUUAAUUUUAUUAGCAACUGGUAAUAAGUUUGAUCGGCAUUACAAAAAGCUAGGAAAAUGCCCAUUUCUUGAAAGAAAGCAUUCCCAAGCAAAAGACCUUUCUAACGGUGCUGAUGCUGCUAAUAAGGCUACAAUUCACUCUAGUAAUAGAUCCGUGGUUUCAUUAGGAGCAUCAUUGCCACUUAGACAGGAUGAUUUAGAGGAAGGGGGAAAUGAAUCACCAAAACAGGUGAAAGAGCUUGAAGAGGAUCCUUACCUGGUAACUUGGGAUGGUUCCGAGGAUCCAUUGAAUCCGUCAAAUUGGUCAAUGGCUCAAAAAUGGUGGAUUAUUAUUCAAACUUCAAUUAUAACAAUUGUCGUGACGUUUGGCUCUAGUAUCUAUUCGAGUGGUGUUGAACAAGCUGCUAACGAGCUCCAUGCUUCUAUACCUGUGUCUACUGUUGGCUCUUGCACAUUUUUGGUUGGAUUUGGUUUUGGCUCUCUCCCUUUUGCUCCUUUAAGUAGUAUUUAUGGUAGAUUCAUUGUUUACUUCCUUACUUUGCUCUUGUUCACAAUCUUCCAAGUUGGCGGAGGCUGUGCUCAAAAUAUAUGGACUAUUAUAAUUCUUAGAUUUUUCCAAGGUGUUUUUGGAAGUACCCCUCUUGCCAAUGCCGGUGGCACAAUCAGUGAUAUGUUUACUCCUAUCCAGCGUACCUAUGUCCUUCCUGGGUUUUGCACUUUUCCAUAUCUAGGUCCCAUUAUCGGUCCUAUCAUGGGUGACUUCAUUGUUCAGAGCUACCUGGGUUGGCGCUGGCUCUUUUGGAUCAAUAUGAUUUGGGCAGCAGGUACCUUGCUACUCAUUUUCUUUUUGUUUCCUGAAACUCAUGGUGAAACGAUCCUUGAUUAUAAGGCGAAAUAUAUUCGCAAAAUUACUGGUGAUUCCGCUUAUUAUACAAUCCAUGAGCGUGAGCGUGACCCUAAAAACGCAAUCUUUCAAGCAGCUACUCAGUCAGCCUCUCUCUUUUUGACUGAACCCAUUGUCGUUUGCUUUACACUUUACCUCACUGUCGUUUACAUAAUUAACUAUAUAAAUUUUGAGGGAUACCCAAUUAUAUAUGCGAAAUACGGGUUUAAUUACGGUGAGUUAGGUUUGUCAUUUAUUGGAGUCGGUGUUGGCAUCGUUAUUGCUGGUCUUUUGACGCCAUUAACUUAUAAACAGUAUCUCUGGGCCUACAAACGAAGAGGAUCUGUUAUGUGCCCUGAAGAUCGGUUAUAUCCCCUUUUCAUUGGUGCAUUUGUCCUUCCUAUGUCCAUGUUUUGGUUGGCAUGGACUUGCUAUGCUGGCCAUAUCCAUUGGAUUGUACCUAUGAUAGCUAGUGCUUUCUUCGGGUUUGCUUUACUUAUUGUCUUUUUUGUUUCCUACAAUUAUAUUAUUGACUCGUAUCAACAUAUUGCUCCUAGUGCGCUUGCCGCAGCAACCGUGGUUCGCUAUUGUGCUAGUGGAGGUGUAACACUCGCUGCUCGUCCAAUGUAUCUGAAUUUGGGAGAUCAUUGGGCUACUAGUGUAUUGGGAUUUAUUUCGGUAGCCAUGGUGCCUAUUCCGUUCGCCUUUUAUAAAUAUGGAAAGCGUAUUCGCGCUUGGAGCAAACAUGCUUAUAAACUGUAAUUCUAGGGUAUUGACUUAUCGGUUUGAUUUAUUGGGAGUUCUUUUGGUUUCAUAAAAUUAAAGUUUUAUUAAUUUAUAAUGAAUAACUUUUUGCACAGAAAACAGAAUUGAUUGCUUGCAGUGAUAUUAUAUAAUAUAUAUAUAUAGUUG